CGGGAAGAUGGGCAAAAAAUUGCUGUGAAGAUUCUUCACGGCAUGCCAGAACAUGGCAAUGGGCAUUUUGAAAAGGAGUUUUACAAUCUUGCAAAUCUGCAACACCAGAACAUUGUGCGGUUAGUUGGUUAUUGCCAUGAAAGCCGACUAGAAUUCUUGCCGCACAAUGAAACAAGGGUUCUUGCUGAGGUGACGAAGAGUGCGCUUUGCUUUGAGUUUAUGGAAAAUGGAAGCCUUAACAGCUAUCUUUUUGAUGAAUUUAAUGGACAUGAUUGGCAUAUGCGCUACACUAUAAUCAAGGGUAUAUGCAAUGGUUUGAAGUACCUUCAUGAGGAACUGAAGCCUCCUAUUUUUCAUUUGGAUCUAAAACCAGCAAACAUAUUGCUGGAUAAGAAUAUGAUCCCGAAAAUUGCAGAUUUCGGAUUGUCCAGAUUCUUCAACGAAGAAAAAUCCCACAUCACCAAUAGUCCUAUAGGAACAUUUGGGUACUUACCACCGGAGUUUAUAAAUCAGAACAUAAUCUCAAAUAAGCUGGAUAUAUUCAGCUUAGGUGUUGUAAUCAUAAAGAUAAUGGCAGGACCCGAAGGCUACUCCAAAACUGCUGAAAUGCUGUCCGAGCAAUUUAUUGAUAUCGUACAUGGGAAUUGGAGGAAUAGGCUACAAUCAGCGGCAUCCGAGGAUUUGUUGGAGUCGUAUUCUGAACAAGUUAAGAGAUGCAUCGUGGUUGCUUUGAGUUGUGUGGAGGAUGAUCGACAGAAAAGGCCAACUAUAGGGGAUAUUGUUAAUAUGCUAACUGAGACAGAGACACUAGAAAACUAUCAUGGGGCAUUAAUUGACCAGAUGAGCACUUGCAUGGUCAAGGACACAGAACUGAUAGAUGUCUAUCCCCUCCAGCUCCACUUCUCUUUCCGUCCGAACAAGUUUAUCUCCUGCCCAUUUCAUGUAACUAACAACAUGGAUGAUCAGCAUGUGUCCGUUAGGUGUGUCCCAAAACUCCCGGAGGCAGGCCAUUAUCUGAGCGACAUCUUCGGUAUUGUGCCACCAAGGUCCACACAUACAUUCGUUGUAAGGAUGAAAGAAGUACAGGAGCCACCGGCCAACAUGGACCUGCUUGACAUAGUUGUAGAGACUAUCCUAGGGAAAGUACUGUCCUCGGAUGAUCGGUUUGAGACGUAUUUUAAGGACGCUAGAGAAGAAAACAGCCGUGGAUUUCGUGAGGUGGCCCUAAAGGCCGUCUGUGCAACAAUGCGUGAGAAGACAAAAUCUGAGGUCAUACUUCAUGAUGGUGAUUACAAUAGACUAAGGUCAAUGGAUGUGCACCCUACACAGCCUUGGAUUUUGGCAGCCUAUGCCAGACGACUUGUCAUUUGGAACUACAAGACCCAGACAAGAAUGAUGGAGCGUGAAUUCUCUGGUGUAGAAGAUUGGACCGUUAAGUUCCUCGCACAGUCGAUGGAGCAAUUGGUCAUGGUGGGUGAUAGCAACGGGUACAUCCUUGUGUAUGAAUGUAUGUCUAUGAAGAGAGUCAAGAAAUUUAGAGCUCACGGCGGUAUGGUCACAUCAUUUGCCGUUCACCCGACUCAACCAUUUGUGCUGUCGGCAUCUCACGACAAACGGAUCAAGCUUUGGAACUGGGAGAAGGGGUGGGAGUGCAUUCGGACAUUCACUGGGCACUCGAACUGGGUGAACCAAGUCAAGUUUAAUCCGCAUGACAACAACACUUUUGCCAGUGCUUCCAGUGACGGCACAGUGAAGAUUUGGAGAAUUUUUUCUCCCACUCAUUUCAUCAGCCUCAACUGCGAAGAGAGACAGUGCUGUGUUGAGUACUAUCCCACGGGUGAUGAUCAGCAGCACUACAUGGUUACAGGAUCAAAACAUGGGACGGCACGCAUCUGGGAUUUGGAAACACAGACAUGUAUCCGUGAAAUCAAGGGGCUCAGCCGAUACAACGAAGUUGGUGUGAUCGAUUGCCACCCAGAUCGUCCAGCAGUGUUGGUUACCGUGUCAGAGCACUAUGGUGUUUCUCUCCACGACUCCACAACCUACAGGUGUGAGAGAACGAUUCAUUUUGGUCUCGGCGAGGUUGUAUGUUUUGCAUACAUCAAGGACAUAAGAAGUCUCACAAUUGGACAUAUGUCCGGAGUUGCAAUCGUGCAAAUCGAUGAAUUUUCCAAUAACGUCCUGCCUCCUGCAAGGUAA